GUCUCAUUCACAAUUCCCAGAAAUUGAACGUCGAUGUAAAGUGGCUAGAAAAAUACAAAUCGAAGGCUAACAAUUACUUCGAGAAAAUAAUUUCUCUUUUGUAAUUAUUGGUAAUUAUCUUUAUGAACUAUGGAUUACAGAUUAGUAUUAAAAUUGUAAAUAUAUUUUUUAUUCCCGGGGUGAUAUUAGGCUUAUAGGUUUCAGGACAUGCAAUUUUUUACUCGUUUUCCAUCUUUACACUUUUUAAAACAAACAAACACAAAGUGAGAGAGUGAUAGUUUCACACAACUUUUUAGAAUCUCUCUCGUUUCCGAGUAGGAACGGAUUGGUAGGCUUCUUUUGUUCCCCACCGGUCUGCUUAUUACGGUGCGCGCUUGGUGAAGAAGAAGAGAGGAUUUGCAGAAAUGGAUAUCUCCUAUAUUCAUUCAUAACUGUUCUUCAGCGUGUAAAGAGAACAGCUUGCAAACAUGCCCACGGUGGUUCUUAUGGACUCGUCGCUGUCCAUGACGCGACCGGUGUCAGUGGAGGGCAGUGAAGAGUUUCAGAGGAAGAACCUGGCAGUUCAUGGACUAACCAUGCUGUUUGAGCACAUGGCCACAAACUACAAGCUGGAGUUCACUUCACUUGUGGCCUUUUCCUCGCUUUGGGAGCUAAUGGUGCCUUUCACUAGAGACUACAAUACAUUGCAGGAAGCCUUGAAUAACCUUGAAGACUAUGAUAAAACCUGCCUGGAAGGAGCUUUACAAGGUGUUAGUAAUGUAGUACAGCAGGAGUGGGGAUCUGCUUGUCCAUGCCAGGUGGUGCUGGUCACUGACGGAGCACUGGGCAUCGGCCGUGGAUCUCUGCGUCACUCUCUGCAAACUGUCAAACAGAGAGGAGAGGACAAGAAAUUCCCUCUGCCUUUCCCAUUCCCUUCCAAACUCUACAUCAUGUGCAUUGCCAAUGCGGAGGAGCUCCAGGCUACAGAUGGUAUGGAUAAUUUAGAACAACUGAUUAACCUGAACGGUGGAGAUGGACAGAUAUACACUAUGGAGGGACCCCUCUGUCUUAAAAGUGUCCAGUCAAUGUUCGGUAAGCUGAUCGACCAGGCUUACUCUCCUUUCCAUGCGGUGCUGCGCUGUGGAAACCUCACCUCUGAUGUGCAGGUCUUCCCCAGGCCAGAGCCGGUCAUCAUCGAUGAAGAGGUGGAUCCCAUGCCCAAAAAUGUGCAAACGGACUUGGAGAUUGUGGGUUUUAUUGAGAUUGGAGAUAUUUCCAGCCCUCCUGUUUUAUCUAGGCAUUUGGUCCUGCCCAUUGCUGUGAACAAAGAGGGAGAUGAGAUAGGUACGGGCACCACUGAUGACACAGAGGAAGACACCUCCACAAAUCAGAUGGCUGGAAAAAGCCCAAACUUCUGUGUUCUUCUACACGGCAGCCUGAAGGUGGAGGGCAUGGUGGCACUUGUACAGCUAGGGCCGGACUGGUACGGCAUGCUUUAUUCCCAGGCAGACAGUAAAAAGAAGUCCAACCUCAUGAUGUCUCUGUUUGAUCCCGGCUCCGAACCUCUGCCCUGGCUAGGCAGAAUGUCACAGCUUGGUCCUGCUUCAGAUGCAGCUGAAAAUCCCUAUGGUGAAGAUGACAGUAAAAGUCCUUUUCCCAUCCAGCCGAAACACAAGAGGAGCUAUGCUCAGAAUGUGACUGUCUGGAUUAAAGCCAGUGGACUGCAGACAGAUGUACAGAAAAUUCUCCGCAAUGCAAGAAAACUACCUGAAAAAACACAAACCUUCUAUAAGGAACUAAAUCGUCUUCGGAAAGCUGCUCUGGCAUUUGGUUUCUGGGAGCUCCUGAAGAGCAUGGCUGAGCUUCUGGAAAGGGAAUGUACUCUUCUGCCUGACUCUGCCCACCCCGAUGCCGCCUUCCAGCUGUCACACGCAGCCCAGCAGCUUAAACUUGCCAGCAGCAUAGACUCCAAAUACGCCGCCUUCGAACACAACAUCACCCCAAUGCUCACUGACUUCUCAGGCGGAGGUGGCGACAGAAUUUAGAGGAUGGAGGUACAACUGCCAGAUCAGAUUUGGAGGAAUGGAGCUUUAUUUUAAAAACUCUGCUCUGUGUGAAAUGUUUGUCCGAAAGGAAAAUUUGUUACUAAUGUGGCAUCGUUUUAGUGGUGCCAUAAUAGUUUUCUUUGGUGAUGGAUAUAAAACAAAAGGAAACCUUGAACUUUAGUGAGAUCAAUAAUGACGUUGAGCACUCAAUUCGAGAAAAGGAAGGAAAAAAACAUGCAGUUUGUGUAAAUAAGUUUGAGCAUUGACUAAUAAUAUUUUCACUGUCUGUAGUUAAUGAUAGUAAUCCAGGAAUCAACUGUUUGUUUCAUUGAAAUUUAAUUAAACCGUUGCAUUUAUA